AUGCAAAAAUUGAUUUUAGGAAAUUUAUGUGCUCGACAAAUUGUCAUCAAUGGAAACUUUCAACACAGAUUCUAUUCAACACAAAUUGUUAGAAAAUCCCUGAUGGGAUUAAACAAGACAGAAAUGAAGGAAAUAUUGGAAAAGACUCAUCCACAUGUUGCAUCAUCAUUCCGAUUGAAUGAAAUUUAUAAAUUCAUAUACAAGUUUGGAGCCAGAAAAUUUGAUGAUAUUACAGUCUUGACCAAAUCCGAUCGUCAAUCAUUAUCGGAACUAUACUCUAUUGAUAUUUUGGGAAAUAUUGAGGAAGAAAUUAAAUCCAAGAAGGAUAAACACACGAGAAAGUUUUUAUUUGCUUUUCAAAAUCCAAAAUAUGUGCCACCUGUUGCAGAUAAUAGUGUUGAUAGUACAAUUGUUUCCACCACUUCAUCAGCAUCGUCAUCAUGUGGUAAUCAACAGAAUAUUUCUGAUGCUGAUGUUGCAAUUUCACCAAUGAAGAAACCAACUCUCAAAGAACAAAAACAAUUUAACAAAGUUGAGGCAGUAUAUAUUUACCAUCCACCAAAAGCUAGUGAUAGUUUUGGAAGAGGAACUGUGUGUUUGAGUAGUCAGGUUGGAUGUUCAUUGAAUUGUAAGUUUUGCAGAACUGGAACAGCUCCUAUUGAGAGAAAUUUAUUGGCUUCAGAAAUUGUAAGCCAAUUAGUUUCAGUUAAACAUAGAUUGAUGGACUUUCCAAUAUACAUGACAGAGGAAGAAAGAAAGAGAGCCUCUAUUGAAAAAUCAUUUGUUAAUAAUAUUGUAUUUAUGGGAGAAGGAGAACCACUCUAUAAUUACAAAAAUGUUAAAAAGGCCAUUGAAAUUUUGAGUGAUGGAUGUGGAAUUUCAAAGAGAAAAAUCAUUGUGAGUACUUCUGGAGUAUGUAACUUGAUUCCAGAUGUUGUCAAUGAUUUGGGAGUGAAUUUAGCAAUCAGUCUUCACGCCACAACCAAUGAAUUGAGAGAUAACAUUGUGCCAAUUAAUAAGAUUUUCCCUCUGGAGGUUUUAUUUGAAACCCUUAGAGAGCAAUGCUUCAAAAACAAUAAUAGACAUAUCACUUUCGAAUAUGUCAUGUUGAAUCAUGUGAAUGACUUUAUUGACGAUGCCAAACGUCUUGUAAAAUUGGUUAAAGACAUUCCAUGUUCAGUCAAUUUGAUUGCAUUUAAUGAAUGGGAAGGAAGUGGAUUUGAAUGCUCAUCAGAUGAAAGAAUUGAAGAAUUUUCCAAAUACCUCUACAAGAAUGGAAUCUCAGCACCGGUAAGACACAGCAAAGGACAAGAUAUUCUUGGUGCAUGUGGACAAUUGAAGAAUAGAAAUGAAAACAAAGCUGGUGCCCUUCAACAAACUGAACAAAAUGUUGCCACCACAGUUGAAAUGAUUAGAAGAAAUUCUAAACAACCAUCUUCGAAAAAAUAG